CGGUGUUCUAGUGCAUUUCCAGUUUUAACGAAGUCCAUAGUUGGCAAUAAUAGUGAAAUACAAUUUUAAAUAGAAAGUGUCGGUCGUGCAAGUGACAAUAACUCGCAGUUUGUUUAAAUUUGUGUUUGGAAGAAUAAAAUACACAGUUUUAUGGUGACAAAAUAGAAGUUUAACCGAACUUUUAAUCAGCUACAUUUUACUUCUAUUUGCCGGAAAAAUUCGAGAAUUUCACUAAAGGACAUAAUUCAAGGUCAGUUAGCCCUUUUUCCGGGCUCUGACCAUAGCUGCAAGCUUGAUAUCGGACUAAUCAACUUCAACGGUGAACCUCCCUGGUGACAGGAGCUAUAGCUAAAAACCACGCCGGCAGGCUGCCUCUUUCUGUUUAUUGAACUAUUUGAAACAACCUACUAUUGUGACCUUUGCACUCCGUUCUGGACCAGCUGACGAUUUUUGGACUUCAGUGAAACGACGAUAGCAUUCCAAUCUUUUUAUAUCUUGAUUUACCUAGUUGUAACUACAAAACCUUAAGCACCAUGAAAUUUUUCGAGCGCGAGAACGAACGCAUUCAAAUCGUCGAUGGCGUGGUUAACGUGCCAUCGUUGGUUAACGAACUGACUGGACAACUGUCCAACGAGGAACCAUUCUACGUGAUGGACAUCGGCAACAUCGUUCGCAAGCAUCAAAAUUGGAUCGAGAAGAUGCCCCGAGUGGUACCGCACUAUGCCGUCAAGUGUAACGAUAAUGACGUCGUUUGUGCCACUCUAGCCGCACUCGGAGCUAGCUUCGAUUGCGCGUCUAAGGGGGAGAUUGCCAAGAUCCUCAAUCUGGGCGUCAGCCCAGAUCGCAUUAUUUUCGCGAACCCAAUGAAACCGGCGUCGCACUUGCGCUACGCCGACGCCAACAACGUCAAGUGUAUGACGUUCGAUAGCGACGUGGAACUGCAUAAGAUCAGAAAGAUCUGUCCGGAUGCCAAACUUGUACUGCGUAUCCGCUGUGAAGCGGAGAAGGCUCUGUGCCCGCUCGGUAAGAAAUUUGGCUGCGAUCCGGUGGAAGAAGCUCCACGUCUGAUCAAAAUUGCACGCAGUCUCAACCUGGAUUUGGUAGGCAUUAGUUUCCACGUGGGCUCUGGAUGCGCCGAUUUUCCGAUCUACUACAAAGCAAUUUCUUUUGCACGCGAUCUAUUUGAUUAUGCUCAAGCUCAGGGAUAUGAAAUGACGUUGCUGGAUAUUGGCGGAGGAUUUCCUGGUGAAAAAGGGAGCUCAAUUGAUGAAGUUGCAACGAUUGUCAAUACUGCUCUGGAACAAUUUUUCCCGGAUAAAUCAGUUCGUGUAAUUUCCGAACCCGGUCGUUAUUACGUUUCAUCCGCCUUUACCCUCGUUACCUCUAUCCAGUCAAAACGACUUUGCUUGAACGCAAAAACGGGAGCAGUUGAUCGUAUGAUGUACUAUCUAAACGACGGAGUAUACGCGUCCUUCAACUGCAUCCUGUAUGACCAUCAGACACCGAAACCUGUACUACUUGGCCAAAAGAGCGGCAAAAAAUACGAUACCACAAUCUGGGGACCAACAUGCGAUGCAUUGGACCAGCUGAUAGAGACCAUUCAGCUUCCCGAACUGGAGAUCGACGAUUGGAUGGUUUUUGAAAACAUGGGAGCUUACACCAUUCCGGUGGCGAGCCCAUUUAACGGUUUUCCACUACCUAAAAUCUACUGCUACAUCAGCAAGGACACAUGGCUAAUGCUCAACGACUUAUGCCCGAUAGCCGAAGACAACUUCUGCAACUCGGUCGGUAGCGAGCUCGUGGUUAGCUACGAGAACGUUAUCUGUGCCUAAGGACAACGGAUUAACCUCUGCCCGAAACAAAACUUAUUUUUUUGUUUUAAAUUACCGUUUAUUUUACUCUCAUCGAAAAACAAACGUGCACGUAUCCAUCAUCAAUACAAAUUAGUGUAUUUCAAAUAAUUCAAUAAACAAAGAGGCAGCCUGUUACUGUCCUCCAUUAUUAGGUAAUAAAGUAUUAUUAUAUGUAUUUAAA